CACUGUUCCUAGGCCGUCAUUGAAAAUAAGACUUUGUUCUUAAUUGACUUGCCUAGUUAAAUAAGGUAGGUAGACUCAGCAAAAUGACUUUGCCACAAGCAGCACUGCAGAUAUUGAGAUGAGUGAGAUUCAAGACUUCGCUCUCUGUGCGUGUAUCUGUCCAUGUGCAUGGGCUCGCUCCAUGCUGUUCAUACCGUGGUAGCCAUGGCACCAAAACAGAAGAGAAGUUGUGUCUCGCGCUUUGACGCUCUUAGUUGUUGCGGAAAAUGACCCACUGAAUUGAUCCAUUUAAUUAAGUUGUAUAAAAAAAAGAAUGAAUAAUUCCUAUUAAAUAGCAAAGGCGCAUUACAUCAUGCAAGUGUGAGCAUAUUUACUGGGAUGUGUCUCGCUGUUUGAUUGUUUCUAAUAAGAUUUGCCAACAUCAUUUAUUUGUCAUUUCCUUUGUGCUGAGAGAGAGAGAGAGAGAGAGAGAGAGAGAGAGAGAGAGAGAGAGAGAGAGAGCGUCUGUUUUUCCUCAGAUAGAUCACCAGGGAGAUUGCCGUCCAGAUAGGAACCCGAACCCGGCACCAGAACUAUUAGCUUCUCCUGCCAGGCUAAAAACACACAAUUUAAGGUUUAACUAUCGAUGAAGUGCCUCGGAGAGGGAUGGAUUAAGCAGAACCAACAUAAUUCUGGGUGGUUUGUUUGUGUUGAUAAGAUUGUUUGAGCAUACGGAAUGCUCACAGGGGCAGUAUUUUCUGUUUUGUCUGACCAUACUGCUAAAUCAUGCCAAAACGUUCACAUCAUGGAUGUUGUGUGUAUUUUGACAGAACAAGACCAAGCCAUGGAUAAUACCAGUUUGGGAUGGCCCGAGGAUCUGGAUGGUGAUGCCAACCUUUCUUCUCUCCAUGGCAACCUGAAGAACUUCUGCGCUACGUCGUCGAGGCACCAGGCAUCCCGGGUAAUCCUGUAUGCCUUCUUUACGGCAGGCAUCUUGUGCACGGUGGUGGGCAACUUCCUGGUGGUCUUGGCCAUCGCUUACUACAAGCAGCUGCAGUCGCCCACCAACUCGUUCGUCAUGUCCUUGGCGGUGGCCGACUGCCUGGUGGGGUUGGUGGUCAUGCCCUACAGCAUGGUGCGUACCGUGGAGGGCUGCUGGCUCUUCGGCGCCCUCUUCUGCCGGGUCCACUCCAGCCUGGACGUCAUGCUGUGCACCGCAUCCAUCUUCCACCUCAGCUGCAUUGCCUUCGACCGCUACUAUGCCGUGUGUAACCCCUUGGUCUACCACCUGAAAAUGUCCCAGGGCCGGGUAGCCUUCCUGAUCGUGGUCUGUUGGGCCGUCCCGUUACUCAUCUCCUUCGGUCCCAUCAUGCUGGGCCUCCACAAGGCUGGGGUGAACAUGGUGCCCAUGCCGCCCGAGGACGCCUGCGUCUUCCUGGUCAACCGCGUCUACGCCGUCAUGGCCUCCCUGGUGGCCUUCUACCUGCCCAUGGGUGUCAUGCUGGCGGCCUACUGGAAGAUCUACAAGGCGGCCAAGCGGCAGGCCAUGCAGAUCAGCGCCAUGGAGAGCCAGUUUUCGGCCGGGGUGGGGAAGGACUCCAGCAAGAAGCAGAGGCACCGCAACGCCAUGAGGAGGGAGAGGAAGGCAGCUAAGACCCUGGGGAUCAUCAUGGGGGUCUUUCUACUCUUCUGGCUUCCCUUCUUCACCGUCAACAUCGUGGAUCCCUUCAUCGACUACAGCACAGCGGUGGAGGUGUGGGAGUUUUUCCUGUGGCUGGGGUACGUUAACUCGUCGCUUAACCCGUUCUUGUAUGGGUUCUUCAAUAGAUCCUUCCGUAGGGCGUUUAUGAUGAUUAUGGGAUGUCGGAUAUGUCUGUCGAGCUCCUCACCGGGUAUGGACUUAUCAAAAGAGAGCAACGAACGCAAGGUCAACCAAUAGGAGACUAGAAUUGUAACACUCCACACCUGGACGUGGCAUCGACCUAUCACACGCCAAGAAAGAGGGCAACGGGACACACAGACAACCAAUAGGAGAUUGGAGACUUUUAAAAUGCUUCAAUACCGGCUAAUUGCGUAUAGGUAGAGGACAAUUUAAGGGAUGAAGUUGUUAUUGUUAUAUUAGAGAGAAUUAAGCCACUGACUGAUGAAGGAAUUGACAUUUAAAACAAUCUGUGCAUUUCUGAGGGACAAAACUGAAAUAAACACAAGAUUGAACUGCAAAACACUCAAAUGACAGGGUGCAAAUAAACAUUGUAUUUUGGUAGCAGUUAUACAUAAAAAAAGAGAUUAAGAAAAAACAUUUAAGAAAGAAAGAAGUGAAUACUCUUCAGCAAAUGUUGUUCUAGUUUGUAAAUAAAUACAAUGUCUGGCUCUUCUUUGGUAUUUCUGAAAACCUCAGCAAUCCAAAAUAUAUUGUCAUGUCUGCUUGUCUGAGUUGAUUACUCGAUGAAGUG